AUGGCUACGCUUGCCCUGCAAUCUUUGGGCUGUGAAGUGGCUGCCUUAAACACGGUUCAUUUCAGCAACCACACCGGGUAUAGACAGUUCAAGGGAACGAAGUCGUCAGCUCAAGAGAUAACAAACCUCUACGAAGGGCUACGGCAGAGCUACCUUACUGACUUUGACGUUUUACUGACCGGGUAUGCACCCAGUGCCACGGCAGUGGAAGCAGUCGGUGCUAUUGCAAUGGACCUGAAGAAGAAGACAUCUACGCGGCCGGGCUCCUUCUUCUGGGUGCUUGAUCCCGUCAUGGGAGACCAGGGACGCAUAUAUGUUAACGAGGAUGUGGUACCGGCAUAUAAAUCCCUUGUCCCACAUGCAGACUUGAUCCUACCAAACCAGUUCGAAGCUGAACUACUCUCGGGAAUAAAAAUUACUUCAGCUGAGAAUCUAGUGGAUGCAGUAACGGUCAUCCACCGUACAUAUAACGUCCCCCACGUAAUUGUUACUUCGGUACAGCUACCAGACGCUCUCUCUUCAUCGGCAUCAUCAGUCGUCUCCCUCUCAACAGCAGAUAAUUCAUCCGUGAGCCAAGAUGCUCGACCAGACAACACACUAGCAGUCUUCGGCUCUACAAUGCGAUCUGACCGCUCUGCUCGCCUGUUCAAAGUCGAGGUACCACGCAUAGACUGCUUCUUCAGCGGGACAGGGGAUAUGUUCGGUGCAUUGAUGGUUGGGCGACUUCGUGAAGCUGUGUUUAACGAUUCGCCCGCUCUCCGUGAGACUGCCUCCUGGAUAUCUCCCGAUGAUGUUGCGGUGACGGAUCUACCACUUGCCAAGGCCACCGAAAAGGUUCUAGCGAGCAUGCAUAUGGUUCUUGAGAAGACCAUGAUUGCAAGAAAUGAAGAGCUGGCAAGAUACCAGAGUGAAGACGGGAAAGAUGACUCUGAGUUUGCCCAUCUCCCGGAGGAAGAACGCAAAGCAGCGCUUGAGAAGAGAGCACGCCUUCGUGCCACGAAAGCGGCAGAGGUCAGGCUGGUGCGCAAUGCCGAAUACGUAAGACACCCUGUUGUGAAAUUCAAGGUGAGGGAGUGGAACCAGUGA